AUGCCUGAAAACCCUGCUGCAGAUAAACAGCAGGUGCUGCAGAUCCUUGAUCGUCUGCAAGCCAAACUGCGUGAGAAAAGAGACUCCCAACAUAAUGAAAACCUGACUGUUCUAAGUAACACACUCAGGAGCCCUUUGUUUAACCAGAUCCUGACCCUCCAGCAAUCCAUCAAGCAACUGAAGGAACAACUCAAUUAUGUGCCUCCUGACCGGUUGGUAGAUUUUGAUUUUACUAAGAGAGGGCUGCUAGUGUUUGCUGACAAAUCAGUUGCUGCUGGGAGUAUCUAUACACCUUGCAGUUCACCUGAACCCAAAGCAUCUACCUUCACUCCAAACCUGGGAGUGAAUGAAUUUAACACCAUCAUCCAACAGAUGGCAAAGGGGAGACAAGUAGAGUCAAUAAAAAUCGAAAAGCCUUCUGUUGGAGGUCUUGGAUUUAGUGUGGUUGCCCUUAAAAAUCCCUCCUUGGGAGAAGUUGGUAUCUUUGUCAAGGAAGUCCAACCAGGAAGCAUAGCUGACAGGGAUCAAAGACUGAAGGAAAAUGACCACAUACUGGCCAUUAAUUGCACCCCAUUGGAUCAGAACAUUUCCCAUCAGCACGCUAUUGCCUUCCUCCAGCAAGCCACAGGAUCUCUACAUCUGGUUGUUGCUAGGGAGCCACUUCCAGGAAACAGCAGAACUUUGGCUGUCUUAUUAAGUGAUAUAAAUCCACCUGAGACUAUUCACUGGGGCCACGUUGAAGAAGUUGAGCUGAUUAACGAUGGUUCAGGAUUAGGCUUUGGAAUUGUAGGAGGAAAGUCGAGGGGAGUAGUUGUAAGAACAAUUCUUCCUGGGGGAUUAGCAGAUCGGGAUGGGAGGCUUCAGACAGGAGAUCACAUCCUGCAGAUUGGAGGGACCAAUGUGCAGGGAAUGACCAGUGAACAAGUUGCCCAAGUGCUGCGAAACUGUGGGAAUUCUGUUAGGAUGAUUGUUGCAAGAGACCCAAAAUGUGAAAUUAUGGAGACUCCAUCAACUCCCGUGAGCUGGCCAGUCAGUACAUUACUUCCCUUACAAAAUGGAAAUGAUGAUACCAACCUUUUUGAGACUUAUGAUGUUGAACUUAUAAAAAAGAAUGGGCAGAGCCUGGGGAUAACAAUUGUUGGAUAUGCUGGCACGAGUGAUAUGGAACCUUCAGGGAUUUUUGUGAAAAAUAUAAUACCUGGUAGUGCUGCUGACUACAAUGGCCAAAUCCAUGUUUAUGACAAAAUUGUUGCUGUUGAUGGAGUUAAUAUUCAGGAUUAUACUAACCAAGAAGUGGUAGAGGCGUUGCGGAAUACAGGACAGGUUGUGCGGCUUACCUUGCUUAGAAGGAAAUCAUCUUUCACUGUUUCUUCAGAAAGACCUUCAGAUAGAGUACAGCCAACUGUUCCAACCUUUGUGUUCCCUGGGGUUGUAGGGCCUGAAACUAGCGUGGACACUAAAAAUGAAGAAAACCAAGAACAGAAGGAUAAUCUUCAAAAUGACAGGAAGCAGACUCUACAUAACACAGGAAGAGUCCCACUUUCUCCAGCACAUGAGCUGAAAUCCAAAUGGCAAAACCUGCUGGGACCUGAAUAUGAAGUUAUGGUUGUGAAUAUGGAUAUGCCCAUUACAAAUGAUGCAGAGCUCCAGAAGUACUCAAAGCUCUUACCCAUCCACACGUUGAGAUUGGGAGUUGAGCUUGACACGUUUGAUGGACAUCAUUAUAUAUCAUCAAUUGCUUCAGAUGGUCCAGCUGCAACGCUUGGUCUUCUGCAAGUGGAGGAUGAACUUCUGGAGGUAAAUGGAGUUCAGCUGUAUGGGAAGUCACGCCGGGAGGCAAUCACUUUCCUAAAGGAGGUGCCGCCCCCGUUUACCCUGGUGUGCUGUCGGCGACUUUUUGAUGAUGGCACUGAGUCUCUGGUGGAUGAACCCACCGUGGGAGCUUCCCUCCAAGAACAAAAGGUGAAAACAGAGGAAGACACUAAUCCUGAGGAGGAAGACGGGGAGUUGGCGCUGUGGUCUCCUGAUGUGAAGGUUAUUGAACUGGAGAAAGACAAAAAUGGUUUAGGAUUCAGCAUUUUAGACUAUCAGGAUCCCUUAGAUCCAGCAAGAACAGCCAUUGUGAUCAGCUCUUUGGUGGCAGGGGGAGUAGCCGAACGUGGGGGAGAGCUUUUACCUGGGGACCGCUUGGUGUUUGUAAAUGACAAAUAUUUGGACAGUGCUACUUUAGCAGAGGCAGUGGAAGUGUUGAAAUCUGUGCCCCCAGGUACAGUUUCUCUUGGAAUCUGCAAGCCUUUGGUGGGAGAAACCAUAGAGGAAGAGAACAUGCAUGGUGUGGAUCCCACCAACAUUAAAGCCAGCCCUGUAACACCAGAACCAAUAGAUAAUUUCUCAAUAAUACUUGAAGCACCACAGGGCUUCAGAGAUGAAACACCUUUUAAAGAAGACCUUGUUGAUGAACUGAGCUUGACCUUGGGAAGGUCAUUCCAGCUUUCUCAAAAUGACAGUGGGUGUGAGAAGGAGUCCUGGGAGAUGCAUGAAUUUCUCAAACCCACAACAGAAGAAAUGGGUGAAGAACGGGAAAUGUUGGUGGAUGAUGAGUAUGAAGAUGAUUCAAGCUUCCUGAAAUAUAGGGCAUCACAUAGAGAGAAGACAGCUUUGGAGAGCGACAUCAAUACAGAACGAUGGGCAAAGCAGCUUGAGACUACUGAAAUACAAGACUUAAGGUCCAGUGCUAACUUAAGUCCAAACCAGUCCCUGGAAUAUCCAUUCAGUAAAGAUCAAGUGUGUGAAGAAAAUGCUUCGCUGUUUUCUGGAACCACAGCACACAGCAGCUACCAAAAAGACAUAAUUGAAACUGAAGCUAUCCUGUCAGGAGCAAAAACCAUGAUGGAUUUAGGUACAAAGCUUCAGACUGACUCCAAAAGAUCUAGGCUUGUGGAUGAUCUGGAAGCUGUUGGAAAGGAAGAACUAAGAGGGGAGGAUGAUGUUUUCUCCGAGAACUUGGAAUCUGGGAGAGUAACCACAUUAGCUCAGCCUAGAACAGCGUUGUGCAGUGAAUUACCUGAGAGAGAAGAAGGAGAAGGAGAAGAGACUCCAAACUUCAGCCACUGGGGACCACCACGGUCUGUUGAGAUCUUCAGAGACCCUCAUGUGUCCCUUGGAAUCAGUAUUGUUGGUGGACAAACUGUCAUAAAGCGCCUAAAGAACGGAGAAGAACUUAAAGGGAUCUUUAUCAAACAAGUUUUGGAAGAUAGCCCAGCAGGAAGAACAAGGGCUUUAAAAACUGGAGAUAAAAUACUUGAGGUUUCUGGGACAGACCUACAGAACGCCACGCACGAGGAAGCAGUAGAAGCUAUCAAGAACGCAGGAAAUCCUGUCGUGCUUGUAGUUCAGGGUCUGGCCAGCAUACCAAAAGUGGUUCCUGCCCUACAGCCUAAGGGAAUCAAAGUCAGCAAAGAUCAGGAUGCAGACAAAGAAAAUAGGAGUGAAAAGAGAAAACACGGGGCUCCACCUCCGAUGAAAUUGCCACUUCCUUAUAGAUCACUUGCAAGACCACAUUUAGAGGAAGCUGACAUGGAUGAAGAGGAGGAUGAGGAUGCUUAUGCAGAGAAAAAAAUCAGGCAAAGAUAUGCAGAUCUACCUGGAGAGUUGCACAUUAUUGAGCUUGAGAAAGACAAAAAUGGGCUGGGGCUGAGCCUUGCUGGCAACAAGGACCGCUCUCGUAUGAGCAUCUUUGUAGUUGGCAUCAAUCCAGAUGGACCUGCAGGACGAGAUGGAAGGAUGCAUGUUGGUGAUGAACUUCUAGAGAUAAACAAUCAGAUAUUGUAUGGAAGGAGUCAUCAGAAUGCUUCUGCAAUCAUUAAGACUGCCACAUCAAAGGUCAAACUGGUUUUCAUACGAAGUGAAGAUGCAGUCAAUCAGAUGGCUGUUACUCCUUUCCCAUUACCUUCUGGCUCCCACUCUUCUAUUGAGGAUCAUGGUGGCAUGGAACCUACCAGCAGCGAAGACGACCCAAGUUUGGAAGUUCUUAUGAAAAGCUUGACUGAUGAGCUAUCCAACAAAGCUGAUGUGAAAAGUAAAGCUGACAAACCAGUGGUGGCAGAUCAGCAGGAUACAGAGGAGCAGUUCCCAGAAAAUGUCCUCAACCAGAUCAAACAACCCAAGUCCUCAACAAAAGUCCCAGUCAACUUCCAGGAGAUCCUCCUGGUGUCAGCACCUACUUACCUUUCUCCAGAGGCAGAAGUCACCAGCCGUAACAUCCUUCCACCUCCAUUGCCUGUGGAUCCAGCAACGUGUCCUAUAGUUCCAGGACAGGAGAUGACUAUAGAGAUAUCUAAAGGUCGAUCAGGCCUAGGACUCAGCAUUGUCGGGGGGAAAGAUACUCCACUGGAUGCCAUAGUGAUCCAUGAAGUGUAUGAAGAAGGGGCAGCAGCCCGAGAUGGCAGGCUUUGGGCCGGGGAUCAAAUUCUGGAGGUGAACGGGAUCGAUCUGCGCAAUGCCAGCCAUGAAGAAGCUAUCACUGCCCUGAGACAGACUCCCCAGAAGGUGCAGUUGGUUGUUUAUAGAGAUGAAGCACAUUACAAAGAUGAAGAAAACCUGGAGAUUUUCUAUGUAGACAUACAAAAGAAAACAGGCCGAGGACUAGGGCUCAGCAUAGCUGGAAAACGAAAUGGAAGCGGAGUGUUUAUCUCUGACAUUGUUAAAGGAGGAGCUGCAGACCUAGAUGGACGAUUAAUUCAAGGAGAUCAGAUUUUGUCUGUAAAUGGAGAGGAUAUGAGAAAUGCCUCACAAGAGACUGUUGCCACUAUACUUAAGUGUGCCCAAGGCCUUGUACAUCUUGAGCUUGGGAGACUGCGAGCUGGAUCGUGGCUAUCAUCACGGAAAACACCCCAGAACAGUCAGGCGAACCAACAGAAUGUCCAUAGCCACUUCCACCCUGCUCUUGCUCCGGUCCUCUCUACCUUACAGAAUUUUGUCAGCACGAAAAGAUCUUCAGCAGAUGUGUCUCAGAGAAACUCAGUAGGAGCAGAUACGGGCCCAAGGACUGUGGAGAUAACAAGGGGACCAAAUGAUGCGCUUGGUAUAAGUAUAGCAGGAGGGAAGGGAAGUCCAUUAGGAGAUAUUCCCAUCUUCAUUGCUAUGAUUCAAGCCAGUGGUGUGGCUGCACGUACCCAAAGACUCAGAGUUGGAGAUCGGAUUGUCAGUAUUAAUGGGCAACCUUUGGAUGGGCUGUCUCAUGCAGAUGCAGUUAAUCUACUAAAGAAUGCUUAUGGGAGCAUUAUCCUGCAGGUUGUGGCUGAUACCAACAUCAGUGCCAUUGCCACCCAGCUGGAGAGCAUGUCUGCAGGGUGCAACCUGAACACUUCUUCUGAGCAUCCUUCUGAAGAUCCUGAAGCACCUCAGCCUAAGAUUAUUACUUUGGAGAAAGGCUCUGAUGGACUGGGAUUUAGUAUUGUAGGGGGGUAUGGAAGUCCCCAUGGAGACCUGCCCAUUUAUGUCAAGACUAUAUUUGCCAAGGGAGCAGCUGCGGACGACGGCAGACUGAAGCGCGGCGACCAGAUCGUGGCGGUGAAUGGGGAGGCUUUGGAAGGGGUCACCCACGAGCAAGCUGUGGCCAUUCUGAAGCGCCAGAAAGGAACUGUAGCAUUAACAGUGUUGUCCUGA